UUAACCAAUUUCAGUGAACAGAGAAAAGAUUAAAUUUUUAUGUGACCAUAAAAGCUCCAAAAUGUAAAAGUUAGCAUAAGAAAGCUAGACAAAGCAAAAGCUGGAUCUCCCACUUAUGGCUGCUGCACACACACACAGAAACUUUCUUUAAAUUUCAAGUUGCAGAAAUCCAGAACUAGUAAGAAAAGAAUUAUGCAAGAAUUGGCAGGCAAAUUUAGCCCAUCAUUCAACAGCCUGUGUUUUGCAAGAAUAUUUUGAAAAUCAGUGAAAAAAAUUCCGACAAUUUUUUGCUGGGUUUUAAAUAAUUCCAAACAAGGCCCAUGUUUACAACUUCACAUUUCAUGUUAUAUUUCUUGCAAUAUAUUUCUACAUUUUAAUUUCAUAAGAAAAUAUUCCACCUUGUUUGGGAGGCAGCUUGUCAGUUUCACAAACUAUGUGGGACUCUGAAACUGAGUCUCUUGGAGGGAGAGAUUAUGGAAAUGGAGCUCAUGUUCCUGCCAAACAUGGUGUUAAGACUGACGGCUUUGAGCAAAGAGGUCAAUCAUGGUUUGUUGCAACUGAUGUUCCAAGUGAUCUUCUGGUCCAUAUUGGUGAAGUUAAUUUUCACUUACACAAGUACCCUUUGAUUUCAAGGUGUGGAAGAUUGAGUAGGAUCAUAUAUGAUAACCAUGAAGGAGAAGUAAACAAGAUAAACUUGAAUGAUCUUCCUGGAGGAGCUGAGUCAUUCGAGCUAGCAGCAAAAUUCUGCUAUGGAAUCGCGGUUGAUCUAACAGCAUCCAACAUAUCAGGACUAAGAUGUGCUGCAGAGUAUCUGGAAAUGACAGAAGACUUAGAAGAAGGAAACCUCAUAUUCAAAACUGAGGCUUUCUUAAGCUAUGUAGUUCUCUCAUCUUGGAGAGACUCCAUCAUUGUUUUAAAGAGCUGUGAGAAGCUCUCACCUUGGGCAGAAAACCUUCAGAUUGUUCGUAGGUGUAGCGAGUCUAUUGCUUGGAAGGCUUGUGCUAAUCCAAAGGGAAUAAGGUGGAAUUACACAGGGAGACCUUCUAAGGUUUCUAGCCCUAAAUGGAAUGAUCUUAAGGACUCGAGUCCAAGCAGGGCAAUCCAAGUGCCUCCUGAUUGGUGGUUUGAGGAUGUCUCAAUCCUUAGGAUCGAUCACUUUGUUCGUGUAAUAACAGCCAUUAAAGUUAAAGGAAUGAGGUUUGAAUUAGUUGGUGCUGCGAUUAUUCAGUACGCAUCCAAAUGGCUUCCUGGACUAAUCAAGGAUGCUGGUGGUGAACCUAUGUUGGAUGAUUUCAGCAAUGGGAAUAUCUGCAGAGAGAGCAGCGGUGGCAGCAGCAGUGGCAGUGGUGGCGGUAGUGGAAGCUGGAAAGGUGGGCUCCACUUGAUAGUUGCAGGGAAUAAAGAAGAGCCUGAUACAAUAAAAGCAAAAGAUCAAAGAAUGAUAAUUGAGAGCCUGAUUAGUAUAAUUCCACCCCAAAAGGACAGUGUUUCCUGCAGCUUCCUGUUGAGGCUUCUGAGGAUGGCUAACAAGCUAAAAGUAGCUCAUGCUUUAGUAAAUGAGCUUGAAAAACGCGUUGGUAUGCAGUUCGAGCAGGCAACCUUGUCAGAUCUUCUUAUACCAUCUUACAAUAAAAGUGAGACAACAUAUGAUGUGGAUUUAGUUCAGAGACUUCUGGAACAUUUCUUAGUUCAAGAACAGACUGAAUGUGCAAGUAGUCCUAAUAGGGCAUAUUUGGACAAGAAUAUGUUUGAGGAGAGUCAAAGAGGGGGUGCUUCCAGCGCUAAGAUGCGAGUGGCUAGGCUUGUUGAUAGUUACUUAACGGAGAUAGCUAGGGAUAGGAAUCUAUCUCUUACCAAAUUCCAUGUCCUGGCCGAGGCUCUACCUGAAUCUGCAAGAACUUGUGAUGAUGGGCUUUACAGAGCAAUCGACUCCUACCUCAAGGCACACCCUACACUGUCAGAACAUGAAAGAAAACGAUUAUGUCGAGUAAUGGACUGCCAGAAGCUUUCAAUUGAUGCCUGCAUGCAUGCAGCACAAAAUGAGAGGCUUCCCUUAAGGGUAGUGGUGCAGGUCCUCUUCUCGGAGCAGGUUAAAAUAAGCAACGCGAUAUCUAAUAACACCCUGAAAGACAAUACUGCAGGAGAGUCCCAAUUUCAGCCAAUGGUCACAACCCGAAAGACCCUUCUUGAGGGUACCCCACAGUCGUUCCAAGAAGGGUGGUCAACAGCAAAGAAAGACAUUAAUACCCUCAAGUUUGAGCUGGAGACAGUUAAGACUAAAUAUGUGGAACUCCAGAAUGAGAUGGAGAGUUUACAAAGGCAGUUUGAUAAAAUGGUUCCUAAACAAAAACAGCAUUCUUCAUCGGCGUGGACUAGUGGGUGGAAGAAACUGAGUAGACUGGCAAAGAUGAGUAAUGUUGAUGGUCAAGAUGAUGGAUCUGAUCAACCAGUAGCAGAACUGACCAGAAAGACCCCUAGAAGGUGGAGAAAUUCUAUUUCUUGAGCCUUGCAUUGUGAAAAGUUCGUACCAGUUCUUUACAAUACGCCUUACCAAGUCCAUUAUUUUGAAUUGUUUUUCUUUUUUCUACAAUAGAUUCAAAGAGGGAUCAAUUGAUUGUGUACGUCUUGUGCGCACGUGUGUGUCUGUGUCUGUGUCUGUGUCUGUGUCUGUGUUUAGGAUAAAUAAACUUGACUGUAGAAGUUAUCACUGGUACA